ACAGUGUGGCUGAUCGACAGCCCGUGAAGAUCUUCCCCCGUUUUGUUUUGACUGCAGCCUCAGCCUUGCCCAGAUCAGCCUCCCUCCUCGAUGCUCCGUAGAAUUAGUUGACAUCGGAUCCACACCACCGAAUCGGAUCCUUACUUGCAAGGCCUCUAUAUAUAACCUGCCUUCUCUCCUUUUCUUCUUCGUCAUACUGGAACUCCUUUGAAAAGGCUUCUUCGAAUUCAAUGUGAACCUGUCCUCUUCUUCUUUGAUCAUGUCCACCGCAGUCGCAUACGGAAAUGACCAGGACCUCCGACCGCGCGCUGUCCAGGACGUCCAAAAGUCCGAAGAUGUUAAUAUAACAUCUUCUCCGGAUAAAGCAGCCGCUGAUUCCAGUGGUGUUUCGACCCCUCUCUCCGAAGAUGCGCCCCCCUCGGCCCAAUCGCUAUCCAGCGCGAGAAAACAAGUAAGAGCGCGCAAUCGCAUAUUUUAUACAAUCGACUAUGUUCCUCGCGUAUCGCACUUUGAUCCGAGAAGCGAUUAUCAUAACUUCCGUGGGUUCUUCGCUCUUUUCUGGAUUGGGUUGUUCAUCAUGGUCGUCACUACAAUGCUUCGGAAUAUAAAAGAUACGGGAUACCCGUUACGAGUAAGGGUAUGGGGUUUGCUCUCGGCCAAUGUAUGGCAGAUGGGUCUUAGUGACCUCGCCAUGGUUGUUACCAGUGGACUGGUUCUGCCACUCCAUCGUCUGAUUAGGGGCAGCAAAGGCUGGCUCCAAUGGUCGCGAGGUGGGAUGGUUGUGCACAGUUUGUUUGAAGCUUCGUGGCUUGUCCUCUGGAUCAAAUGGCCAUUCAUGCUCCGCUGGACCUGGACUGCCCAGGUAUUCUUGACGCUCCACACAUUGACCAUCCUCAUGAAGAUGCACUCCUAUGCCUUCUACAAUGGACAUCUCAGCGAAACAGAGCGCCGUUUAUCCUCCCUUGAUACCCCUGGGUCCGCGUCGAUGGAGGCAGCUGUCCAAUACCCAAAACCAUCCGGUUCUAAGCAGAAAUCUAACGGUCGUGGGAGAUCUAAAUCUGUAGUACAGUUGCGCGAGGAUCUGGCCACGGAGCUAACAUCUCCUUUGGGUCAUAUCACGUACCCACAAAACCUCACGCUCGUCAACUAUGUGGAUUACAUUUUCUGUCCAACACUCUGCUACGAGCUUGAGUAUCCCCGAAGCCCGAAUUUGCAGUGGACAGAACUGGCUGCAAAAACCCUGGCUAUUUUUGGAUGUAUUUUCCUCUUGACCCUCACGAGCGAAGAAUUCAUUGUACCGGUAUUGAGCGAAGCCAGUUCCGAGUUGCAACGGGUAGCAAGUGUGCUCGAAAAGGGAUUGAUCCUCGCAGAGACUAUCAGCAUGCUUCUCUUUCCGUUCAUGAUCACAUUCCUUCUUGUCUUCUUGGUUAUUUUCGAAUACGUCUUGGGCGCAUUCGCUGAAAUAACCUGUUUUGCCGAUCGUCACUUCUAUUCGGACUGGUGGAACUCUUGCGACUGGCUUGAGUUCUCCCGCGAGUGGAAUAUCCCCGUCCACAACUUUCUCCGUCGACAUGUCUACUUUCCUUCCAGGAGGAACUUCUCCCAGCCCGUUGCUAUGGUCAUCACUUUCCUCGUGAGCGCCGUUGCCCAUGAGCUGGUGAUGAGCUGCAUCACCAAGAAGCUACGUGGGUAUGGAUUCUUAGCCAUGAUGCUCCAGCUGCCCAUCGUGGCAGUUCAAAAAUCAAAAUACUUCAGGGGCAAAACAACUCUUAACAACUCUUUCUUUUGGGUUUCUAUGAUCUUCGGUCUCGCACUGAUGUGCGCUCUAUAUGUUCUAGUUUAGAAUGUGGGAUUCAUAGAAUGGGUAUGUGAGCUUAUAGAGGAAACGGCAAUUGUUCCUUUCUCCGGUACUUUUUUUUAACCCCCCGCUCUGUAUCAUAUUGCAUGUGUUAUAUACCC